CCGGAGCGCCCACGGCCCCGGCCCACCACCGGAGCGCCCAUAGCGCCGGCCCACCACCCACCGCCGGAGCGCCCACGGCCAACGACAGUCUGCGGUCGCUCGGCGCCCCGCUCCGCUCACACACCGUCCUUUUACAGCAAUUGCCUGAAGAAAGCCACAUCGAACAGAAAAUGCCUCACAAUUUCAAAGCAGGAGAUCUGGUUUUUGCUAAAAUGAAGGGAUAUCCUCACUGGCCGGCCCGGAUUGAUGAUGUUGCUGAGGGAGCAGUGAAACCACCAUCAAAUAAAUACCCAAUUUUCUUCUAUGGUACUCACGAAACGGCAUUUUUGGGGCCAAAAGAUAUUUUCCUUUUUGAAAAAUACAAAGACAAAUAUGGAAAACCAAACAAGAGAAAAGGAUUUAACGAAGGAUUAUGGGAAAUACAAAACAACCCUAACGUCAGCUUUAGUGCGCCAUUGCCAUCAAGCUCAUCUGACAGUGAAGUUCCAGAAAAUGAAGUAGUCCCUGGAAGUGGUGCAGAAGAGGACAAACAAGUGAGUGAUGAAGAAUCUGACAAGGACAGCAUUGAACAAAGUAGCAUCAAGCAGAAGCCGCAACUUCCAAAGCAACCGGCUCCAAAGCGUGCUCGUAAAUCGAGUGAUGAGGAUGAGGUGGUGGAAGAUGAAAGUGGCUCCAAUUCGCUUGAGGAGAAUUCUGAAGCAAGUUCGUCAGAGUCUGAGAAAAACAGUGACCAAGAAUUCACACCAGAAAAGAAAGUAAUUUCCAGAACACCUCGAAGAGGACCUGCAACUGGGAGGAAGAAAAAGGUUGUACAAGAGAAAUCUGGUAAAUUCAGUGCGAUUGAGGAUUGGAAGGCCGUGGGGCUGAAGAAGUAUGAUUCUGAAGAGGAACAGGAAAAUAAUGAGGAUGAAGAAGAAAAAGAAGAAAAAGAAGAAGAAGAAGAAGAAGAAGAAGAAGAAGAAGAGAAGAAGCACAUAGAAGUGAAGGAAGAUGAUGAUGAUGAAGACUACAAGAGGGAAUCUGAUUCUGAAGACUCCAUAAAGAAACCUGUCAGAGGCAGAAAACCAGCUCAAAAGAAAACUCCUAAACCACGAGGCAGGAAGCCAAAAAUUGAGAGGUUACCGUCUGUUUCUAGCAGCCUCAGCAGUGACAGCGAUGCUGGAGAUAAAAUCAGCGACUGGAAAAAACGAGAUGAAGAACGAAAGAAAGAGAUAGAAGAAAGGAGAAAGAAACAACAGGAGGAAGAGCUGAGGAAAUUAAGAGAGAAGGAAAGGGAGGAGGAAGAAGAAGACAAGAGGAAACGGAAAGAAGAAAAAGAAAGAGAAGAUGGUCAGGAUAAAUUAAUUGAUGAAGUAGAUAAAGAACCAGCAAAGAAGGUCAAGAAAGUUCGAUCUAAGUCAAAAUAUUCUUCCGAUUCGGACUCUGCAGUGGAAAAGGAGGUGAAAAAAAAGCCAAAGAAACCACUUCCUGAACCCACAAACAAAUCAAAAAAAGAGAGAGAACAAAAAGAAAGAAAACGUAAGCUGGAGGAUCGACACAAAGAUAGGACAGCCAAAGGAGAAAAGGAAAAGAAGAAAGAAGAAAAGCUACAAGUUAAAAAAAUAGAAAAGAAAAAAGAAAUGACAGCGGAACAGAAACUUCAGAAAAUACACACUGACAUUAAACAUGCUCUGAAGGUUGACAAUCCUGAUGUAAAGAAAUGUGUGGAGGCACUUGAAGAACUACGAACAUUGCAAGUCACAACACAACUCUUGCAGAAACAUAGUGAUCUGGUUGCAACACUAAAAAAAAUACGCCGCUACAAAGCUAGUCAGGAAGUAAUGACAAAGGCAGGUGAGAUCUACAAACAUUUAAAGUCCAUGUUUAUGGGAGGAGAUGAUUCUGCCAACAAUACAUUGAAGAAGAAUCCCUCUGACCCAGAGCAGGAGAAAGAUAAAGCCAAAGAAGAGGAGAAGGAAUCUGAAGAUAAAACAGUAAAGAAGCUAGACUCGGAUUUAUCUAAUGCAGUGAAUGGAGAGAGAGUGUCUCUGAAGAAUGAAAUCCUCCCAGAGAAUGAAGAACAAGAUCGACCACAGACAGAGGAAGAGAAGGACACUGAAGAAGCGUUGACGGGCAAUCAAAACAGUACUCCAGAUCUACUGAAAGUGCUUCAUUCAGAUGGCCAGCACACGACUGGCACAGAGCCUGUCUCUAUGGAGAUGCCGUCACCUAUCAAGAGUUGAAGCUAUGAAUCCAAAUCAACUGUGGGACAUGUUUCAAGAUCUGGGUUAUUUUCAAAUAAGAACAUUUGUCACUUGAAUUAUCCUAGAACCUAGUAAAGACUGUUUGGUUUUGUUGUCUGCCCACACAAAGAAGCUAAAAGAGGUUACUUGUUACACAGAGCUGUUUUUCUUCAUUUUGUUGAAAAGAGAAAACAAAAUAUUGUUUGGUACAAUAGAGAUCUCUUUUUCAUAACCUUGAGUGGAGGAAGUGGAUGUGAUGCAAAUGCAAAGAUGGCUGCUUUUGAUGGGAGGAGUGGUACUGCCAGGAAAUUCCAUGGAUGUUCUGAUCAGCAGACAUCCUGGAUAAAUAUGUAAACAGGGUUCCAGCUGAAGAUAUGGCAGCCAAUAAGGCAAACCCCAAGGCAAUCAUGAUGCAUGCUUUACCUAAUUCUAGAACAUAUUUGUUGCUGACUUCACUUGAAAUUAUUUGUUUAAACGUUUUGUCGAUUGAAGUAUGUUCUUCAUGACGACUUGGCACACAAUUAGUCAAAGUCUGGUUUUUUUUUAAACUCUUACAUCUACAAUUUCCCCCAAGAUGAUCCAUUUCUCAGUCCAUACCUAACUUUUUUUUAAACAAAAACAAUGAUGUAACCAUUUCAGUUUUAUGUAAUUUGUAAAAUACAACUUUGUAACCAGUUAUUAAAGUUUGACCUUGUGGGAGUUUGUACGUGAAUUUAACACUGAUAUAGUGAACUUUAUUUUAAACUGCUCUGUAUGGAGAAUAGGGUGGAAGAGAGCACCAAUGCAGGGGAGACCCACAUAUGGGCAUUGAUCCUCUGAAUUUGUUUUUCGCCUUUUACAAACCACAAACAUGCCAUUCUAUUUGCUCUCUUCCUUCAUUCUUACUGUAAUAAAAUGAAGUUUUGACAACUCCUAUACUUUCAGAAGACCUCACAACUGUGGAACAAAUUAUUCAUUUGUCUUCCUUUUUUCUCUAGCCUGGAAGGCCAGUAGGUUAAGUUCUGGAUUCAUCUAACCUAUUCUGUUUCUUGAUUAACCUCAUCUUCACUUUUUAUUGUCACAACUGUGGUGAUGUGCAUUGUAAAACAUCGCCUGCCUUUGUUUAUCGAUUUAAAGAAAACAAAACAAAUCCUGUUGUAAAAGACCACCAAGGACAAAUGGCCUUUAGCAGGCUAAUUCAGAACGUUUUAAAAUGCAAACUUUUAUAUAUAAAAAAAUAAUGUGUGGUGUUUUCUUUGCGUUUGUUUCUAAUCAAAGUUUAAUGAGUGUGACAAAAAUCUAACUACCAUUAAAAUUGUUUCUCAUAGGCUGUAGACUACUGAACAAUUCUGUUCAUGACUUUAGCUGACAAAAGCAGUGUUUAAAUGUGUAUUAAGGAAGGAAAUCCAACUUCAAAUAUGGUGGAAUUAUUAAAUAAUCACCAUCUCUGCCUAAAAGAUUAGAACACUGAACCUAGAUCUAACAAUUCCAUGUACUAAUGUAAGAGUGCUAUUGUGGAAUGUAGAUAAAAAUGCUGCAGAAACUCAGCGGGUGAGUGAGGGAGGCAGCAUCUAUGGAGCGAAGGAAUAGGCUAUUGUGUAGGUAGUUCUGGCAGUUUAUUUCAUAAAACACUCAUAGUACUGUGCUACUAUUUUGUGGACAAUUUCCCUCGUGGCAAAAGUAAAAACAAAAUAAUAGCUGGACAAAAGUGACGUGCAAAGUCGUGCUACGAUUGAAGAUUUGGCAAGGCAGUGUCAAAAAAAACUGAAAUAUUUAUUUUCAAUAAAUAACAAUAUAAGAAUAUCCAUUAUAAUUGUAAUUUGCAGCUGUUGCUAUUCCUGCAAGCUUCACCUUCUCUAAGUUCCAAGUGCACCAGUCUGUUCUCCCCCCAAUUGCAUCCCAUGACAUACACCCAUCCACACCAUUCAGGCUCCAUCGUUCUUCAUUUGGCAUGUUCAAAUGUUACACUCCUAUUCUCAUUCAGAAUUCCCUUAUUUAAGUGUGACACUGUUUUCCACAGACACAUUGAUCUGAUUACUAAAUAGUAGCUUGGGUCCAAACAUUUUCCUUUUUUAGAAAUGUUGCUACAAUGAUUCCAAAAUACUGGACAAUUUUAGUAGCCACCUUGUCUACACAAUGACUAACAUGUAAAAUUGCGCUGCAGCUGGUAAACACCUUGGGGUAUUUAUCUGGAUUAGGAAUUCCUCAUUGAUUUUCAGAUAUCUGUGUUUGAUCUAAACAUUCAAGGUAGUUAAUUCUGAAUCUGAAGUGAUCAUUUCCAAAUGUCUAAUCGCCUCCAAUGUUUCGGGUUUGCAGAAAACUGCUGUUUUUUUUGUGCUUGUAAUAAUUACUUGUUCUCUCUUCUGGAAAAUUAGCUACUUGGAAAGUAGUUGAAAAUGGACACGGAUACACAGAAGUCAUUUAAUGAGUUGUCAUGUGUAAGUAAUUUUCUGUUAUCUUUACGUUUUUACUUCAGGGUGGUAAUCAUGAGAUUUUAAACUAUUAUACCUGUCAAACCAUGACAGCACACUAAAUAUGUUUGUGUUUGUUUGUUAUCCAGACUUGUGUGCAUUCCCCAAGGACAUAGAGCCCAGGAACAGACCCUUGAGCACAACUUGUCCCUGUCAACCUAGAUCCCCAUCUACUGUAGUCCUGGUUCACCCAUAUGCCUGUAAAUAUUUACAAUGUAAACAAAUACAAGAUUUGACAGGUGAUUGUCAAUAAAAUCCUGAAAGUUUUAACUUU